AGACACACAUUUAAAUGAGCCAAGCCGAUGUCGGAGCAACAACUGAGCACAGUUCAUUCGUUGGAACACUGACAGGAUGUGCUCAACGGGAGCUCUUUUUGACGUUCCUCAUCACAAUGUUGGGACUUUUUAUACGGAAUCUAACGUUGCCGUGGAUUUUCUUAGGACGACGAUAUGAUACCGGAAGAUUCACCUACUGGCUAAAAUUCGUUGCCGACGUCAUAUUCCUCUGCGUUCCAUCCCUUCUCGCAAUGACAGUGCUCAACGAGCACCUCAUCCUCCUCUCCACCAUAAUGAUCAUCAUCUCUGCAGUUUUGCUCAUUUUUGUGCUCUUCGAAGCCGCCGAGCAACACCACAACCACCAUCAGCUCUCCGUGAUUCUUCGACAAUCGUGGAGUCGAUUCGUCGAAGAACAGCAUAAACCCACGCAAUUUGUCACCUAUUUCCGGUCCCUUACCAUGAUUUUGGUCACUCUCGCCAUUUUGGCUGUGGAUUUUCCGAUUUUUCCGAGAAAAUACGCAAAAACCGAGAAAUUCGGACAUUCGAUGAUGGAUGUCGGAGUGGCGGCUUUCCUGUUUCAGGCGGCGCUAGGCAGCCGAAUGGCAAAGUCGCCGAGCUCCGGACGACAACUUUCACACCAUUCCCCCCGCCCGUGGUACCUCAGCUCCACAUUUCUUCUAUUUGCUCUCGGAGCCGGCCGUGCUGUGCUCCUCGAAGUGAUUGGCUAUCCGCAACACGUCACCGAAUAUGGCGUUCAUUGGAACUUUUUCUUCACGAUGGCCGCUAUCAGGAUCCUGUCCUCCUCAAUUCUGCCACGCUGCUACCCUCUCGUUCUCUCUGUGAUCUUUGGAAUUUGCCAUCAAACAAUGCUCAAAUCCACGGGGCUCCAGGCAUGGAUCCUUGACGAGUCGGCGAAUCGCCGCGAGAAUCUGAUCACCGCCAACGCGGAGGGUCUGACGUCACUCAUGGGAUAUUUGACGAUAUUCUACGCGAGUUUGGCCAUCGGAGAGUUUAUGGCGAAGACUAGCAUCCGCAUCAAAUCGUGGAUCCGCCGAUGCUUCCAGCUCUUCGCACUCUCGCUGAUCCUAUUUUUUAUUCAAAUUGCCGCCGAAAAAUGCGUUGACCCACCGUGUCGACGUGUGGUUAAUGCCACGUAUAUCUUUUCACAGUUAACCCUCAUGACCUUCGCCACCGGAGUCUGCCUAUCAAUCCAAAUGUUCAAUACAGUCGCCUGGUGUUCCAGUUUCCCGCAGUUCUCAAAUGGCGAAGAUCCGUAUUCCGUGGUGUCUCCGUGUCUUUCUGAUUCUAUAAAUCGCCACUCACUGCUCUUUUUCCUCGUCUCAAAUGUGCUCACAGGCCUUGUCAACCUCUCGGUUGAUGCUCAUCGCCAGCCUCCGCACAUUGCCUUCCCCAUUCUCUUGGCAUAUGUCACUGUGUGCACCGGUCUCAUGCACUUUUUAGAAUACCGGAAAAUUAAAUUUGCGACGAGACCCCACGCCGAGUAGAAUUUCUGAAAUUUUAGAGAAUUUUUUUGCUUUUUCGCCGAAAAAAUGAUGGAAAAUGCAUAAUUUGUACCAUUUUUUUUGUUGAAAUAUUGCAAAUUUUGUUGAUGGCCGAGUUUUCAAAUUGACGGCCAUGUGAAAUUUAAAUUUUGCCUAAAAUGUUUUACGUGGCCGCCGAAAUGAAAACUCGGCCACCAAUAAAUUUUUGGUGGCCGAGUUUUUUCUCUCCGCAAAAAAAAGCUAAUUUCUGUUGGUGGCCGAGUUUUCUCAUCGGUGGCCAUGUAAAAGUCAAGUUUUUGCCAAAAAAAAUUAGCAGAAAAUCGAGAUUUUCACGAAUUUUUUACGUGGCCGCCAAAGAGAAAACUCGGCCACCAAUAAAUUUUUUGAUGGCCGAGUUUUUUCUCGGCCUCCAAAUUGAAUUUUCACAAUUUUUGCAGUCGAUUUUUCGCAAAAAAAAGCUAAUUUCUGUUGGUGGCCGAGUUUUCUCACCGGUGGCCAUGUAAAAGUCAAAUUUUUGCCAAAAAAAAUUAGAAGAAAAUCGAGAUUUUCACGAAUUUUUUACGUGGCCGCCAAAGAGAAAACUCGGCCACCAAUAAAUUUUUGGUGGCCGAGUUUUUUCUCGGCCUCCAAAUUGAAUUUUCACAAUUUUUGCCAUCGAUUUUCCGAAAAAAAAAAGCUAAUUUUUGUUGGUGACCGAGUUUUCUCAUUCGCGGGGGGCACGAAAAUAUCGAAAUUUUUGAUAAAAAAUCGACUCGUGUGGCUGCCAAAAAGAAAAAUCGGCCAUCAAAACAUUUUUGGUGGCCGAGUUUUUUCGUUUGCGGCCAUGUUUUUUAUUUUUAAGAAUUUUUGGGAAAAUCUUUGUUUUUUCCGUGGCCGUGCCAAACAAAAACUCGGCCACCAAACAAUUUUUGGCGGCCGCGGCCUUUUUUUUUUGUGAAAAUUUUCAAAAAAGCGAUUUUUUAAAGAAAAAUUUCCCAUGGCCGUGAAAGAGAAACCUCGGCCACCAAAAAAAAGUUUUGGUGGCCGAGUUUUUUUUUUGGCGGCCAUCAAAAAAAAAUCGCAAAAAAAGUUUUCCAGUUUUUUUUUCUCUCACUUUUUUUCUGCAAAAAGCUCGAUGUCCAUUUUGUGGGCGUGGCCUAAUACGCCCCGCCCCUUUCUUUAUUUCCCCCCAAAAUACGCACAUUUCUAAUGCAUUUUAAAUUUUUUUCUCGAAUUUUUAAUUUUUUUUCACAUUCAUAAUAUUCAGAUUUCUACCUCUCUUUUUCUGUAUUUUUUGCAUUUUUUCUGCCACGUGGCCUAGUUUUCCCCAUUUCCUCGGCCACCAAAUCUUUCACUGUCUCUUGUCCCCCCCCCCUGAUUUCUAGUUUUUUUUUUCACUCAUUGUCUGUAAUUUUUUGAUCGUUUUUUUUCUGGAUCUCCCGAACUUGUAAACUCUUAUUUAUUUGUUUUUUCGGCUCUCACAACGAAAUUUUUCGAAUAAAUUUUAUUGGAUAGA